GAUGCAUUAUUUGUUAAAUUUUAUUAUUAGGGACUGAUACCUGCUAUUGAGACAUUAUUCCCUCAUGCUGAGCAUAGGUUCUGUGUGAGACACAUUCUCACUAACUUUAGGAAAAGAUACAAGGGCAAGGCUCUUAAGGACCUACUGUGGGCAUGUGCUAGGGCUCCAUAUAUUCAGGGUUAUGACAAGUGCAUGUUAGAUGUAGCUAAUAUUUCUAUGGGGGCACGUGGGUAUCUAGCUAGCAUAACACGUGGCAAGUGGUCUAGGUCUCAAUUUGAUGAGAGGUACAAGUGUGAUAUGUUAUUGAACAAUCUGUGUGAGAGUUUCAAUCAUGUGAUUCUUGAUGCUAGAACAAAAGGUAUAAUCACUAUGAAUGAGAUGAUAAGGACUAAACUGAUGGUUAGAAUUCAACAAAAGAGAGAUACCAUGCUUAGGUUGGACAGCACAUUUUGUCCUAAACCAUUGAAAAAAUUAGAGAGAGGUAGACAGAUGAGCUGGUUCUAUAAGGCAAUAUGGGAUGGAGGGCAUAGGUAUCAAGUUAUUGGAUUUGAUGGUCAAUUUGUGGUUGAGAAAGGGGACAGGACAUGUACAUGCAGGAGGUGGCAAUUGUCAGGGAUACCCUGUCACCAUGCAAUUGCUGCUUUCAAUGAGAAUAAUGAAAACCCUCAGAGCUAUGUAGAUGAAUGCUACAGGGUGUCCACAUACCUUAGGAUUUACAGCCAUCUUUUGGCUCCAAUCAAUGGGAAGGAUCUGUGGCCUAGAAGUGAUCAUCCCCCUAUCAUACCUCCUCAAGCUGUUAAUUAUAGGAGAGGAAGAAAACAAGUACUGAGAAGGAAGGAAGAUGAUGAGCUGCAAAGGCCUUCAAACACUGGCAUAGUAAAUGGAAAAGUUUCAAAAAAGGGAAACAUUUCAAAGUGCUCACACUGUGGUAAAAGAGGGCACAACAAGAAAUGGCAUGAAAAGAAUGGUUCAGAUGCUCCAGGCACAAGUAGAAUACCACUUGGACACAUACAGUCUGAUGCUCCCACAGAAGACAUGUCUUCAAGGGCUCCUGCAACUACUCAAGAUUUGCCAGAUGAGCCUGCUACACAAGAGAGUCCUCCACCUGCAGCUACUCAAGAGAGUCCCCCUGCUCCUACUCAAGAACCAGAUGUUCCUAAUGAUACUGCAAGAAAGGCUGCCUCACCACUUGAUGAAGUUGUUGUCAGAAAGACCAAAAGGCUGGUGGACAUAACUUCAACAGCAGCUCCAAAUCCAACUCUUAGUGAAAUCCAAAUAUCUGCAGGUAAGAGGCAUCAGAAGGGCAAAGGGCAUAAGAGGAAUAUCAAACCUACAAAACAAGGGGAGAUACCAUCUGUGAAAGAGGUGGCCAAAGCACAAAAGCCAACUACUCAAAAGCUUUCUGUGAAAAGAAACUUGAAUUCAACAUUUUCAAGUUCAGCUGCAUCAACUAGCAAUAUCCCUGAAAAACCAGAUCUGAGCAAACUGCCUGCACCAGAUCUGUCCAACCAUAACAGUUCUUUUAAAGCUCCAAGACAAGCAAAGACUCCAAGUGCUCCAAAGGCUCCUGCUGCUCCAAGUGCUUCUACUGCUUCAAAGGCUCCUCCUGGUCCAAGUGCUUCUACUGCUUCAAAGGCUCAUGCUGCCUCCAAGGGUCCAGCUGCUACAAAGGUUACUGCUACUAUAAAGAGAAGGAAGAUAUGGGUUCCUCCUGGUGGUCAGACUCCAAGGCAAGAGCUUUGA